UCCGUGUGGCUUUAGCGAACGUGUUGUUCGUUUUUAGCGCCGAGGGUUGGAGAGUGAACGUACCGUCCUGUCUGCAGAACAUUGAGUACUCGCAGUUCACUCGAACACUGUCAUCAUUCACCGGCAACAGUCGCUCAAAUUGCAUCGCUUAUAGGAAAGGUUACAGGAGAGGCAGCUGGAAUAAACAAAAAUCUCAGUAUCAGGGCAUGUUUCAGUGCGGUAGAGAUGACAACUGACAGGGAGCUCUCAGAGGAAGGACAGCCUUCCACUGCUGUCUUUGCUUCACAUGGCGUGGACAUCACAACCCUGAAAGACCAGGGGGUGCUCAAGGUUGUGAAGCGGCCAGGCAUUGACACAGAAAGGCCAAUGAUUGGGGACAAGUUGUUUGUCCAUUACACUGGUAAACUGCUUAAUGGGAAGAAGUUUGAUUCCAGCUUGGAUCGAAAGGAGCCAUUCACCUUCAGCCUUGGAAAAGGACAAGUCAUCAAAGCCUGGGAUGUUGGGUUGUCCACAAUGCAGAAAGGAGAAGUCUCCCUGUUCCUCUGCAAGCCGGAAUAUGCUUAUGGAGCAGCAGGGAGCCCCCCCAAAGUCCCCCCAAACUCAACACUACUGUUUGAGGUUGAACUUCUCAAUUUCAAAGGGGAGGUCCUGACAGAAGAUGGUGGUAUCCUGAGAAGAAUUAAAGUUAAGGGGGAUGGCUUCAGUAACCCAAACGAAGGUGCAAGUGUCAAUGUGCAUCUCCAGGGAAGCUGUGGGGGCAGGGUGUUUGACUCACGGGACCUGCGUUUCGUGGUGGGGGAGGCAGAGGACAUGGACGUUCCCCUGGGGGUGGACAGAGCCAUGGAUAAGAUGCAGAAGGGAGAAUGCUGCCAACUUCACCUCAAACCCAAGUAUGGUUUUGGGAGGGAAGGAAAGCCUGAGUUUGGUGUUGGGCCAAACGCAGAGCUGAUAUAUGAAGUGACGCUCAAGGACUUUGAGAGGUCCAAAGAUCCUUGGGAAAUGGAUGUGAAGGAGAAGCUGGAUUUAGCCAUGAAGAUACGGCAGAAGGGAACCCAGUAUUUCAAGGCAGGGCGAUAUCCCCAGGCAGUCAUCCAGUACCAACGUAUCGUGACCCUGCUAGAGAUGGAGUGUGGUCUCAAACCGGAGCAGCAGCAGUCAGUCCACGACUUGCUCCUGGUGGCAGAGCUCAACCUGGCCCUCUGCCACCUACGGCUGCGAGAGUACUCACAGGCUGUGGAAAACUGCAACAAGGUCAUGGAGCUGGACGGGGAGAAUGAGAAAGCUCUGUAUCGGAGAGGAGAGGCCCGGUUGCUACGCAAUGAAUUCAGCCUGGCCAUCGAGGACUUCCGGCAUGUUCUGCAGGUCAACCCUACCAACCGGGCCGCCCACAUGCAGAUCUCCCUGUGCCAGCGCAGGAUUCGUGAGCACCACGAGCAAGACAAGAAGACCUAUGCAAACAUGUUCCAGAAGUUUGCCGAUCACGAUGCCAAGGUUGGGCGCUUGAGGAAGAGGAAAGAGGAGUGUGGGGGGUCCAAUGAGAACAGAGACAUGGGCGCCAAGAGGCGGCACAGAAGUCAGGAGCACCCCUGAGACACCGGGCAUGUCCCUGAGACACCGGGCAUGUCCCUGAGAUGCUGAGACAUGGACUAGCCCAGGAGG